CAUCGUGCACCAUUGAGUGAAUCUGAACAUUAUUCUGUAGUAUGCAAUCGCAUAAAAUAGUUUUAACACAUUACAGGAAUUGUAAUUUGCAAUAUUAUUUACGCGAAAUAAGCCAGUAUCUCCUUCACUACGAAUAUAAUUCCUAUAACAGAUUCAUAAGGAUAUUCUUGAUAUCUAAAUUGUCUUUAAUUUGAUAUAUUUUAAAAAUGAUGGCUCAUAGUUCUCAAAAUUAUGGAUCCACUGAUCAACGGUCAGAUGUACCUGACGUGGGAUUUAGUCCUACUGAACUAUAUAGUCUCAGUGAAAAUAUUACUACAAAUAUAUAUACAAUUAAUACAACAUGGAAGAUACUUGAACGUGCAAAUAAAAAUAUUGGAACCAAUAAAGAUAAUCAAGAUCUAAGAGAUAAGGUGCAUGUAACACAGUUAAGCACAAAUCAGGUAAUAACUCAGACAAGUAAAGAUAUUGCAAGACUGACAGUACUAAUGAGAAGAGGGGAUAAACAACAGAAAUUACAAAUUGAAAAGCUUACCACUGAUUUUAAAGAUGCUGUGCAAAGAUACUCAGACAUGCAAAAGUCAGUUGCAGCAAAAAUGAAGAGAUAUAUUUUACCUACAACUAGCGUAGAAAAUCCUGUGGAUCCUGAUGAUGAAGAACAACAACGUCUGCUUCAAGUGCAAGAAGAUGAGCAACAAGCAAAACAAAGGAGUCUUGAAUUCCAACAAGGAUUACUGUUCGAGCGAGAAGAUAGGGUAAAACGAAUCGAAGGAGAUAUUUUAGAUGUAAAUCAAAUAAUGCGCGAGCUUUCAGCACUUGUAUAUCAGCAAAAUGAUACGAUCAACACGAUAGAUAACAAUAUAGAAAAUGUACAUGGAAACGUGGAGCUUGGUGCACAAGAAUUAAUUAAGGGAAGUAAUUACCUAAGUAAAUAUCGGCGAAAAGUUUUUGUGUUGUUGUUACUUGCGAUCAUAGUCGUUGUUAUACUAAUUAUUAUUCUAGUCACUAAACUAAGUUAGCGUUCCUAACCACCAUAGAUACGAACAGAUGAAAAGGGCUGUCUCAAUCUGUCUUAUAUUGAUAGUAAGAUGAAUAUCAAGGAAAAUAUAAAUUGCCAGUUUGUAUAUUGGACAAUGCAAUAUGGGGAGAGGAUAGACUUAUUUUAUAUUCAUUUGUAAAUUGAUUAAUAUGUAAUUUGAAUGUGUUAUUUUUGAUUAUUUUCAAACUCUCAAAACAUUUUAUAUUAUUCUUAAUGUAUCUCUGCUUUUUUAAAGUCUUUGUUUUAAAAUAAUCUGAAUUGUUUUAGAUUAAAACAUAACAAAGGUAUAUUGAAUACCUGCACUAUCCUUUAUAACAGGUUUCUAAUAGCGAAUGAAAUAAAUUUACACUUUUCUUUCAAGAAACGAUUAAAAAAUUUAUAAUUAAUAUGAAGCAGUUAUUGUCACUUCUAUUGUAUGUGCAAACUAUUAUUUCAUAGUAAAUUUGAUAAAUCAUUUUAAUUGUUUUAUAUGUUAUUCUCCAAUAAAAUGUACAGCAUUGUAAAUGCAACAAGUGUUUGAGGUGAUGUUAAUGUUAUAGUUUCAAAUUUUAUGGUAUCAUAUAUACAUAUAUUGUUUGUUGAGAAUACAUAUUAAAAUUGUCUACUCUAUUGUUCAACUAUUUUAUAAUCUAUAAUAUUUUUAAUAUUUAUUAGUAUGAAACAAUAAUUUACAGUAAAUAUUACAGUUGCUAAAAAAGCAUGCGAAAUAAUUUUCAGGGAGAUUAGUUUAUCUUAGAGCUAUAUGAAAUAAAUGUGGCACUAAAUUGGUGAUAAUGAUUGGUAACAAACGAUAUCGUUAAUGUAUACUGAAUAAUUUGUUUUACAACUCUGUUAAAGUAUGUACUGGUGUGUUUUAACAUGAUUGUUUCUUCGAUAAGUACGAUAUUUUUUAUUAUAUAGUAUAAAUGUUACCCAUAGGCAUUGCUCAAUUUUUAUUAAUCAAAUGAAUGUGAUGAAAAGUGAUAAUUAACCAUUAUGUUACGUUUUCUGAUUUCAUUGUCAAUAAGUGCUUUUUUCACUAAUAUGUUUGUAAAUGCUUCGUAUAUUUACUUUGGAAUAAGAAAUUUUAUACUUAAAUAACUGAUGAAUGUUUUAUUAUUACAUACAGCAUCAAUGUAUAAUACUAUAUGGAAUAAUAUUUUCGUAUUUCAUUUUCCAUAUAAAUUUAUACAUGCUCUAAACAAGGUUUGCUCCAUUGCUCUUUCACAUAAAUUGUAACCAUUUAAAAUGUUUCAUUAUAUAAAUCAAUUAUGUAUGUUAUGUGCUUCAAUUUUUAUUUGUCUUGCCUUUAUGGAAACACGGGUACUAAGAAAAUUUCACCAAAAUAUGUGAUAUACUUUACUAUUUGUAUCACAUAUUACAGAGGAUGCCUAUAAUGACUUUUUUUGAGAUCAUCUUUAAACUUAAACUUUUUAGGCGUAUAAUAUAUUUAAAUGGAAGCAUGUAUGAACAUAUAUGAAGUGACAAAACGUUUAUAAUCAUAAUCUACAAAGCAUAAUAGAAAUGUACAAAUUGUGAAUAUAAUUUUUUAUAAUCAGUCUUCAUUAGGAUUUUAUCGUUUAUUAUAGAUCGCUUGUACAUCUGCUAAAGCUUACAGGUUAACAAUGAAAAAUAUAUUACAUAUAUAAUUGUAAGAUUGAGAUAGCCAAUUUCAGAAGAUCGAUUUGAUUCAUAUGAUUAUUAGGCAUUCCAAAAUCUAAAAAUCCAGUGAUUACAUUAUCAUUAAGAUUAUAACUUAAAUAUUGUAUAUACAACUAACCAUUGACAUUCAAAAUAAAUCACAUUAUAUAUAAUGCUAACAUUGUUAAAGUGAUAAUGGAACUGUGUGUUACAAAGUAGUAUUAAGUAUUAUUGAAUUCAGUUUCAUCUUUUAUUUUUUGCCGAAUACGGCGCAUUGUUUGCAACAAUUUUAUUAUGAAAUAGGGAUUUCAUUUAUUCAAAUUAAAAUGGAAUAAAAAAAGGAGCAAUAUAUUAUACAUAUAAGGGUCUUUGCGAGCAUUGAACAGCAUAUGUUAGCGUAAUAUUUUACUUUGCAUGGAUUUUCUCUUUAUAUUUUAUGUUUCUAAUACAUUGCUGUAUUGUGAUAAACUAUCAGAUUUAAUAAUUACGUGUAAACAAAAGCCUAAUAAAAAGUAUAAACAAUUUUAUUAAGCA